CUUCUUUCUUGCGGACUGGAAAAUGGCAGAAAUGCUCUUAUUACUGCUGGCACAGGCGUCGUGGUGGCCGGCAACAUCCAAAAUAUUUUUCGCAACCUAAAGGUUCUGGCAGACAGUAUAACCUGUCAUUUGGAGUAUGAGCAAUUUGCCUUGAUAAAAUAUUACGUUGAGGCAGUAAAAUGGAUUUACGAGGCGGCCAAGCCUUCCACUGAACUAUCUAAAUAUAUAGUGUUCCUAAGGCAUGAAUUCACACCAUCUUAUUCAAUUUCAGAUGAUGCGUUAAAACAAGAGCUAAAUGACACAAAACAAGAAAUCCAGAGAGUUGCUAACCAGAUAUCUUUUAUGCUGACUGUACUGCCCUAUAUAGGCCAGAAAGUAUUGCCUGUAGUGGGAAUUCUUCUAGCUUCUUUUGGAACUGGCCUCUUUAUCAAAAAAUUUGUGGGCUCUCACACUGCCAAAUUUAAGAACACUUAUAUCACUAAACAGUUCAUCGCAUUUGAUGAGCACCAAAAGCAACAGCAAAGACCCUGCCUUCUGCCACUUAACAGAAAAGAAAGAAAAGAUUAUGUGACAAUCCCAUCUUUCUGCCUCACAAGGAAGGACAGAAAAAACAUGCAGUAUUUUUUUCUCCCUAUAAUUAUUCAUCUUUGCAUCUGGCUUCUGUUUGCUGCAGUAGAUUAUUUGUUUUAUUGGUUAAUUAUUUCUGUGAAUAAACAUCUCCAAGAAGUACCGGAUCUAGAGAUUCAACUCAGCCUCUUUCAGCAACAUCACCAAACCAGCAUGCAAAAUGGUCCUGGUCCCCUGGGAUAUGGUCCUUCAGAGAAGAAGGGUUCAGGAGAGCUGGUUGAUAUUCAGAAAUCACCUCCUCAAAGCUCAGGAAUGUUUCAUCCCAACUAA